AUGAAGGGGUUGCCCUGCCCCAGCCUGUGCCUGGCCCACUUCUGGCAGCUGGGGUCCUGCUUCAUGGCUGACGGCUCCAGGACUCAGACGCUGGGGAAAGGGCCCCCACUCAGCAUCCAGCUCCUGCGAGCCCAGUACGAAGGCUUGAGGCAGCAGCAGAGGGUCCAGGCCCACCUCGUGGUGCUCCCGAAAGGAGAGAACACGCCUGCUCCCGCUGAACCCAUGGUCAGUGCUGUUUGGAUUAACAAGGAGAGGAGGCAUUCACUGUUCCUGGACAAGGUGGACCCUGAGGCGGCGGGGAUGGCGGAGGAGGCGGACAGAGGCUAUCCGCAGGUCUUCAGGGCUCCGUGGCGCACGCACCUACAGAUGCACUGCUCGGUCCAAACCUUCCACCAGGAGACCAGUCAUCGUGUAAAACACAAGGGCGAGGUCACGGGGUCUGAGCAAAGGCUGCCUCGGGAAGGAGACCCAGGCUCGCUUGAAAACAAGCAGAUGACUCAGCAAGAGACCACGAUCCCAGAGGCAGUCAUGCCUGAGUGUCCGGUGGGCGAAACCCCAACGCAGGCAGUGGGAUCCAACGUAAACAACGGCAUUCGGUGCCCUUCUUUCAUGAAGAACCAGUGUGGGUCUGGAAAACCAGCUCACUAUCCAUUUCCCCAGAGGAAAACUCCCCGGAUCUCCCAAGCUGCCCGGAACCUGGGCUUAUAUGGCCCAGCCUGA